AAGAGCCAAAGAUAUUUUAGAGAAGAAUUAAACUUUUUAUUUCCCAGUUGAACAUUUUCUAGCAAUAAGAGCCAUGCAAAUAGAGGUCUCUGCCUGCUUCUUUUUUUGCCUCUUGAGAUUCAGCUUUAGUACCACCAGAAGAUACUACCUUGGUGCCGUGGAACUGUCUUGGGACUAUAUGCAAAGUGACCUGCUGAGUGAACUGCACAUGGAUAGAAGAUUUCUUCCUAGAGUGCCAAGAUCUUCUCCAUUCAACACUUCAGUCAUGUACAAAAAGACAGUGUUUGUAGAAUUCACGGAUCACCUUUUCAAAAUCGCCAAGCCCAAACCACCCUGGAUGGGUCUACUGGGUCCCACCAUCCGGGCUGAGGUUUAUGACACAGUGGUCAUUACACUUAAGAACAUGGCUUCUCAUCCUGUCAGUCUUCAUGCUGUUGGCGUAUCCUACUGGAAAGCUUCUGAAGGAGCUGAAUAUGAUGAUCAGACCAGUCAAAAGGAGAAAGAAGAUGAUAAAGUCACUCCUGGUGAGAGCCAUACCUACGUCUGGCAGGUCCUGAAAGAAAAUGGCCCAAUGACCUCUGACCCACCGUGUCUCACCUACUCAUAUCUUUCUCAUGUGGACCUGGUGAAAGACCUGAAUUCAGGCCUCAUUGGAGCCUUGUUGGUAUGUAGAGAAGGGAGUCUGGCCAAAGAAAAGAUAAAGACUGUGCACGAAUUUGUACUACUUUUUGCAGUAUUUGAUGAAGGGAAAAGUUGGCACUCAGAAAAGAAUGGCUCCUUGACACAGCCUCUGGAUUCUCCAUCUAGGCCCUGGCUUAAAAUGCACACAGUGAACGGCUAUGUAAAUAGGUCUCUGCCAGGUCUGAUUGGAUGCCACAGGAAAUCAGUCUAUUGGCAUGUGAUUGGAAUGGGCACCACCCCAGAAGUACACUCAAUUUUCCUUGAAGGCCACACAUUUCUUGUGAGGAACCAUCGCCAGGCCUCCUUGGAGAUCUCACCAAUAACUUUCCUUACUGCUCAGACACUCUUGAUGGACCUUGGCCAGUUCCUACUGUUUUGUCAUAUCUCUUUACAACAACAUGAUGGCAUGGAAGCUUAUGUCAAGGUAGAUAGCUGCCCAGAGGAACCACAAGUAUGGAUGAAAAAUAAUGAAGAGGAAGAUUAUGAUGAUGACCUUUAUGAUUCUGACAUGGACGUGCUCAGAUUUGAUGAUGACAAUUCUCCUUCCUUUAUCCCACUUCGCUCAGUAGCAAAGAAGCAUCCUAAAACUUGGGUCCAUUAUAUUGCUGCUGAAGAGGAGGACUGGGACUAUGCUCCUGCAGUUCUCACACCAACUGACAGAAGUUAUAAAAGUCAAUAUUUGAACAAUGGCACUCAGCGGAUUGGUAGGAAGUACAAAAAAGUUCGUUUUAUGGCAUAUAAAGAUGAAACCUUUAAGAUUCAUGAACCUAUUCAGAAUGAAUCAGGAAUCCUGGGACCUUUACUUUAUGGAGAAAUUGGAGACACACUUUUGAUUAUAUUUAAGAAUCAAGCAAGCCGACCUUAUAAUAUCUACCCCCAUGGAAUCACUAAUGUCAGUCCUUUGCACUCCGGAAGAUUGCCAAAAGGUGUGGAACAUUUGAAGGAUUUGCCAAUUAUGCCAGGAGAGAUAUUCAAGUAUAAAUGGACAGUAACUCUAGAAGAUGGGCCAACUAAAUCAGAUCCUCGGUGCCUGACCCGAUAUUACUCUAGCUUCAUUAAUCUAGAGAGAGAUCUAGCUUCAGGACUAAUUGGUCCUCUCCUCAUCUGCUACAAAGAAUCUGUAGAUCAAAGAGGAAACCAGAUGAUGUCAGACAAGAGAAUCAUCAUCCUGUUUUCUGUAUUUGAUGAAAACCGUAGCUGGUACCUCACAGAGAAUAUGCAGCGUUUCCUCCCAAAUGCAGCUGGAGUGCAGCCCCAGGAUCCAGAAUUUCAGGCCUCCAACAUCAUGCACAGCAUCAAUGGCUAUGUUUUUGAUAGCUUGCAGUUCUCAGUUUGUUUGCAUGAGGUGGCAUACUGGUAUAUUCUAAGUGUUGGAGCACAGACUGACUUACUAUCUGUCUUCUUCUCUGGAUAUACCUUCAAACACAAAAUGGUCUUUGAAGAUACGCUUACCCUAUUUCCAUUCUCAGGAGAAACUGUCUUCAUGUCAAUGGAAAACCCAGGUCUGUGGGUUCUGGGGUGCCACAACUCAGACUUUCGGAACAGAGGCAUGACAGCCUUACUGAAGGUUUCUCGCUGUGACAAGACCAUUGGUGAUUAUUAUGAGGACAAAUAUGAAGAUAUUCCAACCUAUUCAUUGAAUGAAAACAGUACCAUUGAACCCAGAAGCUUCUCCAGGAAUUCAAGGCACUCUAGCACUAGACAAGCACAAUUCAAAGCCACCCCAACUCCAGAAAAUGACAUAGGGAAAACUGACCCUCAGUUUGGAGAAAGAACACAGCUGCUUAAAGUACAAAGUAUCUACCCUGGUGAUUUGUUAAUGCUCUUGAGACAGGACCACACUCCACAUGGGUUAUCCUUAUCUGAUCUCCAAGAAGCCACAUAUGAAGCUAUUUCUAAUGAUCAUUCACCUGUAACAAAAGAAAGUAAGGAAGGCCCUUCUACAGUGGCACACCUCAGGCCAGAGCUACAUCAGAGUGGGGACACAGUAUUAACUCCUGAGCUCGGCCUCCAAUUAAGAUUAAAUGAGAAUUUGGGGACAACUAUAGCAGUAGAGCUAAAGAAUAUUGAUUUAAAAGUUUCUAGUUCAUUGAAUAAUGUAAUGACUUCACCAACAAUUCCAUCAGAUGACUUGGCAGCAGACACUGAAAAGACAGGUUCCUUAGGACCCCUGAAUAUGCCAGUUCACUUUAGUAGCCAACUAGGCACCACUGUACUUGGAAAAAACUCAUCUUCUCUUAUUGGGUCUGGUGUACCUUUGCACUUGAGUAAAAGAGAUAAAGAUUCCAAGUUGUUAGAAACAGCUUUAAUGAAUAGUCAAGAAAGUUCACAGGGAAAAAAGGUAUCAUCAAUGGAGAGUGAUAGGUUACUUAAAGAGAAAAGAUUUCAUGGACCUUCUUCAUUGGCCAAACAUAAUGCUUUAUUUAAAGGUAAUAUCUCUUUGGUAAAGACAAACAAGACACUCAAUAACUCAACAACUAAUGAGAAGACUCACAUUGAUGGUCCAACAUUAUUAAAUGAGAAUAAUACAUCAGUCUGGCAAGAUAUGAUAUUAGAAAAUAAUACUGAAUUUCGAGAUGUGACUUCUUUGAUUCAUGAUGAAAUGUUCAUGGACAAACAUACUAUAGCUUUGGAAGUCAAUCAUAUGUCAAACAAAACUAUUUUGUCAAAAAAUGUGGAAAUGGUCCACCAUAAAAAAGAGGGCUCUGUAUCACUAGAGGCAGAAAAUCCAGAUGUGUCAUUCUUCAAGAUGCUAUUCUUGCCAGAUUCAGCAAAUCUGAUAAAAAGGACUCAUAGAAAGAAUUCCAUGGGCUCUGAGCAAGGGCCUGGUCCAAAACAAUCAGUAUCUUUGGAAUCAGAAAAAUCCAUGAAAGAUCAGAAUUUCUUUUCAGAGGAGAAUAUGAUGGCAGUAGGAGAGAAUGAAUUUACAAAGGACAAAGGACUCAAAGAAAUGAAUUUUCCAAACAGCAGGAGCAUAUUUCUUACCAACUGGACUAAUGUACAAGACAAUGAUACACAAAAGCAAGAAAAAAUUCAGGAAGAGAUAGAGAGGAAGGAAACAUUAAGCCAAGAGAAUGUAGUUUUGCCUCAAGAGUAUACAGUGACCAGCACUAAGAAUUUACUGAAGACCCUCUUCUUACUGAGAAGCAGGCAAAAUGUUACUGCAGAAGGUUUAGAUGAGGAAACAUAUGUUCCAACACUUCAAAACACCAGAUCAUUAAACAAUUCAGCAAAUAAAGUAGGGCCUCACAUGGCCAAUUUCUCAAAAAGAGGUGAGGAAGCAAACUUAGACGGCUUGGGAAAUCAAACAAAGCAAGUGGUAGAGAAGUAUCCAAGCCCCACAGGGAUGUUUCUUAAUCCAGGUCAGCGGAAUGUAUCAAAAUUUCCAUCAAAUAGACCUAAAGAUAUGACCAGGAUCCCAUCCCAAGAGAACUCUUCUCACCAGCUAGCAUCAGCCUGUAGUUCUACCUUUAGGGACAGGAGUUCUGGGGUCCAAGAAAGAAGUCAUUUAUUACAAGGAGCCAAAAGAAAUAACCGUUCUUCAGCCAUCCUAAUGGUGGAAAUGAUCAAAGGUCAAGGAAAGGUCAGCUCCCUGGGGACAAGUGCUACAACCCCACUCAUGUACAAGAAACUUGAGAACACCACUGUCUUGAAACUAAGCUUGGCUGAAGCAUCUGGCAAAGUUGAAUUGCUUCCUAAAAUUCAUGUUCUUCAGGAAGACCCUUUCCCUUCAGAAACUAGCAAUGGUUCUCCUAGCCACCUGGAUCUCAUGGAAGAAAAACUCCUUCAGAAAACACAGGGAUCUGUUAAAUUGAGUAAAGAAAAUAGACCAGGGAAAGUGACCUCUUUGAAUGAGGCAACAGAAAGCUUUUCAAAGGCUCCCUAUAAGCUGUUGGAUUCCCUUGCUUGGGGCAACCAAUAUUCUACCCAGAUACCAAGAGAAGAGUGGAAAUCCCAAAAGAAGUCAUCAGAACACACAGCUUUUAGUACAAAAGACACCAUUUCUCCCCUGACUCCUUGUGAAAGCAAUCAUGCCAUAGCAGCAAUAAAUGAGGGACAAAACAGUCCCCAAGGUGAAACCACUUGGGCAAAGCAAGGAGAGGCUGGAAGUUUGUGCUCUCAAAACCUACCAGGCUUGAAACACCAUCUAAGAGAAAUAACUCUUACUACUCUUCCUUCAGAGCAAGAAAACAUUGACUAUGAUGAUACUCUCACAAUUGAAACUAAGAGGGAAGAUUUUGACAUUUAUGGUGAGGAUGAAAAUCAGGGGCCCCGCAGCUUUCAAAAGAGAACGCGACACUAUUUUAUUGCUGCAGUGGAGCGGUUCUGGGAUUAUGGGAUGAGUAGAUCUCCUCAUACUCUAAGAAACAGCUUUCCACACAUGUCCACAUUUCAACAUCUGUGCCUGUUUCACCUGCACAUCCAAGGUAAUGCUGGGAACAUCUAUACCAACGUGGAUCUGUUGACUCCAAUGAUUAUUCAUGGCAUCAAGACCCAGGGUGCCCGGCAGAAGCUCUCCAGCCUCUACAUCUCUCAGUUUAUCAUCAUGUAUAGUCUUGAUGGGAAGAAGUGGCAGACUUAUAGAGGAAAUUCCACUGGGACCUUAAUGGUCUUCUUUGGUAAUGUGGAUUCAUCUGGGAUAAAACAUAAUAUUUUUAACCCUCCAAUUAUUGCUCAGUUCAUCCGUUUGCACCCAACGCACUAUAGCAUGCGCAGCACUCUUCGCAUGGAGUUGAUGGGCUGUGAUUUAAACAGUUGCAGCAUGCCACUGGGAAUGGAGAGUAAAACAGUAUCAGAUGCACAGAUUACUGCCUCAUCGUACUUUACCAAUAUGUUUGCCACCUGGUCUCCUUCACAAGCCCGACUUCAUCUCCAGGGGAGGGCCAAUGCCUGGAGACCCCGGGUGAAUAAUCCAAAGGAGUGGUUGCAAGUGGACUUCCAGAAGACAAUGAGAGUCACAGGAAUAGCCACCCAGGGAGUGAAAUUUCUCCUUACCAGCAUGUAUGUGAAGGAGUUCCUCAUCUCCAGCAGUCAAGAUGGCCACCACUGGGCUCUCUUUCUUCACAAUGGCAAAGUAAAGGUAUGCUGGUCUCAUAGGAAAGGCACAAAACCUCUCCUAGAACUUGACAUCUAGAAACAUAACAAGAUUCCCAAGACCUGUUGACCUUUAACUUUAGUGACCCAGACGGUCUUUCUCCUUGAUCUAUA